CUCUCAUUUCAAGUUGAACUAUGUUUGAUCCUGAUGAUGACAACGACUUCGUGCCUCCAAAGCGGCUGCGAGUUUUUGCUGGGACGCGAUCAGGAUUAUGUGGGAAACGGGCAAAGGCUGAUCGUGCUGCUAGAAAUUGGAAGGCUGGAAUUCGAAGGAAAAAACCAGUAUUAGUAGCUUCUACUUGUACUGUUUCUGACAGACAAAUGGAAAGGAGCAAUGAGAACAGGUCGCAAUUACAAUUGGUGCCUACAAGAUCUGGUUCGGAGACAGGAAUUACGAUGAAGUCAACUAAAAGUCACGAUUGGGAGGAUUCAUUUAAUGUAGUUGGUGCUUCUUCUUGUGAUGUGUCAAACUCUGAUUUCUUUUCACAAAAACAUAACAUAGACGAUAGUGGCAAAGCUGAAAACUUGACCAUUGAUACUGCAGUGUCUGACUGCAAAGAUGACAAGUUUGUAUUUAUGUCUACUACAACUGUUCGGGGUCACAUGAAGAAAUGCUAUUCAGGGAGAGCUGAAGCUAAAACUACAGAAUUUCACAAUGGUGAUGUAGGCCUACACAAAUUGUUGUCAGAUAGACAUCUAGGCAGUCAGUCAGUGGCAGGUGGAAGAAUGGACUGUGAAGAUCGUUUGAAGACAAAAGACGGUCAGGUGUCUUCUAAGAUGGGGAAACGGUCUCUGGUUCAGAGUUCACUUUUGUCAUUUCUAAAUUCGAAACAAUGUAAUAAGCAGGUGCAUACGACUUUCAGCAUUACAGCAAGCAAUAGUAGAGAUAGUGAGAUAUUGUCACAUUCUAUUAAGAAAUGUCACCCUGGCACACGGAUGUUAGUGGGUCGUCAGCAUGAUAGCUUUUUGACUCGUGGUUCAACGUCUACAAGAACAUGCCCUUUCUACAAAAGAGUACCAGGGACAAACUUUACUGUUGAUGCUUUCUCAUAUGGUAUCAUUACUGACUGCACAGCUUAUUUUCUCAGUCACUUCCACUAUGAUCAUUAUGGUGGCUUGAAACAGGGAUUUAAACAGCCGAUCUACUGCAGCAGUCCAACUGCAAACUUUGUCAGGACAAGGCUUCGAGUUUCCACUAACUAUAUCCAUGCGUUACCUCUCAAUAAGCCUUUAACUAUAGAAGGCAUAACAGUGUGUCUGUUUGAUGCAAACCACUGUCCUGGUUCUGUCAUGUUUCUGUUUCAGUUGCCCAAUGGCAAAAGAUACCUUCACACAGGAGACAUCAGGGCAACACCUCAGAUGGAGCAGUAUGAGUUACUGAUGAAUCCUCGUAUUGAUGAAGUAUUUUUAGACACAACAUAUAUGGAUCCAUAUUACUGUUUCCCUCCACAGUCUGAUGUGAUACAGUUUGCUGUUGCCACGGCAAAGGAAGCAGUCAUGAUAAAUCGGAAAACAUUAAUUGUUUGUGGAUCGUAUACAAUAGGGAAGGAACGCAUAUUUGUUGCUAUUGCUCAAGCUCUACACUGCUCUAUUGGUGUGACAAAAGAAAAAUUGAACAUACUUCAAUGUCUAGAAAAUGAUGAGCUUAUGUCACUUGUGACAGAAGAUUGGUAUAGCAGUCGAGUUCAUGUCCUACCUAUGAACAGUCUCUCACACGUGCACUUAAGAUCACAUCUUGACAAGUACUCUAGUCACUUUUCGUCAUUGGUUGCUUUCAAGCCAACUGGCUGGGCAUAUAACAAGAAAGCAACUAGUCUAUAUUCAAUUAUACCAUCAGUGAGAAGCAGCAUUACCAUCUAUGGAAUUCCAUACAGUGAACACAGCAGCUUUGAUGAACUACGAAGAUUUGUUCAAUUUCUCAAACCUAGCAGGAUAGUACCAACUGUUGGGGUUGGUUCUGCAAACAAGCGAAAACAAAUGCAACGCAUUUUCAGUAGCUGGCUCUCACUGAAAUGAGACUAAUCAGUGUCAUAUGUAUUAUCAAUCAAGCAGUUAGUGGAGGCUGCUUUUAUUUCUUGUUUUUGUGAAUAGCUUGUUGUAUUCUUGAUUAUUAAUUAAUGGUAGAUGUUUUAGGGUUAUGUUACGUUUAAACUCUAAAUCACCAAGGACAAUGGACGCUGCUUUAGUUUGCUUACCUUGUGGUAGUACUGAACCAAUCCAUGACAUGACUGGCAGAG